AUGCCUAACUCUAAGACUACGAAACAAAUAGUAGAUAUUGAUGAUCCGGGCAACAUAAAUGGAAUGGCCACGGUUGAGUUUAAUCUCUCUGGUAUGCCUGAAGAGGAUAAACCAUGGAAGUGGCCUGGGGCAGACAUCACAGACUACUUCAACUACGGCUUCACGGAAGAGACUUGGCUGCAAUACUGUGAAAAACAAAAACUUUUACGUCAAGAGUAUGCCAAUGCCACUCUCAAGCCGAUAGUAGGCGGUGGGGCCCAAGUUAGCCUUGGCCUUAGCUCUAGGGGCCCACGUGGUGGCCUAAUGUCAAGGCUUGAUUCGGCGAGGCUUCAACAGCAGUUGCGCACUGCCUCAACUAGCUCCAUCAACGUGAUUGGGAGUGGGGCAAACUCCAGCAGUGGCUCUAGUUCUAGCACUACCAUUCCUAGCAGCGGUGUUGGCCUUCUGAAUGGUAACGUAACAGCUGCUGCUGUGGCGGCUGCAUCGCGGCAACAGUUCUCACAGCCACCUCCGGGCUACAGCGAUAUGGCGGCGGCGGCUGCUGCUGCGGCAGCUGCAGCGGCAGGCUUCCCAAUUCCCCCUCCUGGGUUUCCUAACACUGGAUUAUCCGGUCUUCUUAGCCAUUCAGUACCCGGCACUACAUCUGCUGAUGCUGCAACUGCUGCUGCUGCCGCUGUUGCUGCAGCGGCGGCG